AAGUGAAGUAUGAAACAUAUGUGAAGUGUCAUACAUAUGUGAAGAACUAUACAUGUGAAAAUCGAUAAAUUUGUGUAACCUCAGAGGAUUGAUAAUUAUUGCUAAAUUGAAUAACUAUUCAUAGAAAUGAUAAAUUUGACAUAUCAACUAACAUAUCGCACUGUUAUAAAGCAAAGAAUUGUAUUAAUUAUGCCUUUAUGAAAAAUUAAGAAUAAUUUAUUAAAAGAUAUCGGUGGCGUUAAAAAAAAAAGUUCGUUAGGAAACUAACAAUAAAUUAAGAUACUUUUAUUUUAUUUUAUUGUAUUCAUAUUGUAUUUUUGUUAAAUAUUUAUAUUUACAAUAUUAUAAUAGUAACAGAAGUCCAAAAGUCUGAAAUAUAUGUAUAAGAACACACAGAAGUAUGAAAUAAAAAGACUGAGACAAGGGAAUAAAACAAAGUUAAGUCGAAUGAUAACAAAUUCUUAGCCUAUUUACAAAUAUUAAAAUAGAUUGGUGCGUCAAGCUGGGAAAGCCUAGUACAAAAUAGUCUGAUAAUCUACAAUAAGUAUAUAUAUCCAAACGAUCAAAUACUUCACAAAUAACUAUAUUGGAAAGCACUGAAAUCAAUGUUUGAGAAGUUUAAUGAAUGAUACUUGUGUAUAUUAUGUUAGUUUCUGUCGAAGUUAAAUGAGAUUGUUGCAACACGGAAUUUUUUAUUUAGAGAGGAAGAUGCAAAGUGGAAGCACAGUAUUUUCCAUCCAUGGUGUGGCAAUAUGGCACCAUUGUCCGAGGAAAGAAGGCCGGGAAGGGAUAGAGCUAUAUACCGUUGGGGUGGCUUGAUUGGAAUUCAAGUUUAUCCGCAGCGUUCGAGGUCUAGGUUGUACUCAUCUUCUAGAAGUGGAAAGGGACGAGGAUCGAUGCGACACGAUCAUGAAAGAAAUUGCAUCCGAAGACAGAGCAACCGUAACGGAUGACACACCGGCCAGGUUGCAUUCGACUUGGUUAUCGGAAGAAUGCGAAAUACGCGCGGGACCCGAAUACAUCGUAAGGAAAUACAGUUUCUUCGCGAACGGCACGUUCCUUUUGCUACGAUUCUAUUACGCUGAAGAGUCAUGCAGCAUCGCAACGUACACCGUCGUGGCUCGUGGAUCUAUCGAAAUCACGUCGGCGUCGGUCACGGUACCUGGUGCCACCGAAGCCGACGUUCGGCUGGACUCGAUUCGCUUGGUACCGUUUAACAGACAGGUCGUUCACAAAUUUGAACGCAGACUAAACGCGAGUUGCGGUGGGAUCGAAACUAAAUGGCGUAUGUUCACGGCGCAACUGAUCUACGAACGACGGGAGAUCGAUGGAUCGUCGAAUGCUAGUUUUCAGGAUCACGGUUUGAACUCGAAUUCCUUUCAAAGUCGCUUGCCACGGCCCAGGAACAGAGGUUCGUUGGAGUGUCUGGAAUACCUCGGCAUCGAAUUCACCGAGCUCGGAUUGCUUCGAGUCGAGAAAAGACGCUUCGAUUCAGUCGACGCGGACGGGACGCGAACGAAAGUCGAAUUAUUGCUAGGCGAGGUGGGUCGAAACGGACGUUCCGUGAAACAGGGUGUAGGAGCACGAAGACCUAAUCGGUUCCAAUCAGCAGCUUUGCUGCGCGCUGAUACGACUUUCGGAUGCCUGACCUGUGGAAGCGUGCUGCGCGGUUCGGAGUACAAUCCACCUCUGUUUCAUCAAGCGCCAUCGCUUCCGGCGGUGAUCGACGGCAUCUGGCUGAGCAUCAGAUGCGAAAGCGUCGACGAGGGUUUCUGGUCCAGGAGAUUCUUUCGCAUUUAUUCAGGCGGUAACCGGUGGUCCGCGCGUUGGACUUACUACACCGACUCCGCGUGCUCGAUUCCUCUGCAUACGGUCAUCGUAGCUGGCACUUACGUUCAACGGGCGGUCAGACGGAAACGAGACGACGACCAUUCGAGUAUCACGAUCGAUCGCGAAGGCGCUCGACUCUGGAGGACUCGGAGACCUCUAAUUCCAGAAUCGAGUGGACCUUCGAUUACAUCGCGUGGCACUUGGCGAGAGAAACCGGAUGUGGUUCGAACGGAGUCCGUUUCUUUUCGAAAAGACACCGCGCUGCUCUCUGGAACGACCGAAUUGGAGUUACGAGUCAUCGAGAGUAGGUCAGUUCCUGUCGACAAGACGGUGUGGACACGUUGCUCGACGGCUGCGAAAAGAACGGCAACGGGAAGCUCGUGGUCGAAAAAUUGCGUACCUCGAACCGUCGAGGCUCCAGCGGUUCUGACGUUCAAGGCGAGGAUAGGUUUGGAUUGGAACGAAGAGUAUAUUCUGCUGCUAGCUCCGUGGAAAGACGAACUCUGGGAGGCGCCUCUUCGUCGAUGCUCUGGGACAAUUUCGCAACGUUACUUUCGAGCAAACAGUGAUCUACCCGAAUCUCUCCAAGGACGACAAUUUCAGACUGAAACGCAUAAUCAGUUACUUAAACGACAGGGUCGAUAUUGGUUUCCCUCUUCGACCACCUCUUGCCUUUCAACGAGUAGUUCGUUGGUCUAUCUUGCGAUAGUACAUUUGCUACCGAAGUUGCACCAUGCUUAACCGAUUACGCGAAGUAGUAUAUAUCGAAGGGAGUGUUUUCGUUGUGGUUUGAUAACAGUUAUUAUAAUUUUAAAUAACGCCAUCUAGUAGUUCAGCCCAACGACAGCUAGAAAUUCGAUGAAAUGUUAUCGCUAGACUGCGGAUCUUUAUGCAUUUGUAGGAAAUUUAAAUGUGCAAGAAAGUAUGAAAUGCAAAUAAUAUGCAAGAAUAUAAAAAAGAUUGAAAGUAAAGUUCAUGUUAUGAUAUUUGCAGAAUAAAAUUUGCAGACUUCGCGCACACGCAAGAGUUGGAGAGAUUGAAAAUCUAACUAACUAAACUAACUGAUCGCGAACCGCCACCUGCUGUACCAUAGUUAAUGAUUUUCUGCGGACAGGACAUUUUUUCUCUCAGAAAACCCCUUCAUUGCUUCGUGACGCACUAAGACCCAAUUGUAACGGAACAUUUGUUUGUUACUACAGUAAAAUCUCAUACGCACAAAUUUUUAUACGAUAAAUGUACAGAAACUAUCCCCACUGACCGAAAUGGAGAACGGAGUUGCGAGUCCAACAUGGACUUACGAACAAACAAAACAAUUGAACAAAUGAUUAAUAAUUAUUUGGCAGAGGAGACACUCGUACACGCAUGCCUUAAAACUAACCAAACCAAACUAAGAUACCCACAAGCAAUACCAAGCUAAGCUAAUACUAAGAGAAACUACAAACAGGAGGGACGCGAGAUGUGGACGCGCGAUCGCGGACGCGUGAUCCCGAGAUCUAUAUCGAUCGAAGGAUCAACGACGAAUGAUCUAUCACCCCUCGUAUACACUACGGUGCAUAGCUAUAGCACUGCUACAAUUUUCGUGCGUUUUGUAGAUUUAAUUAAUAAUUUCUAACUUUUAAUAGUAUCGUGUGAAAGAGACUAAAAAUAUAUUAUAGCAAUGAUAAAAGGGCGAACAUAACAUUUAUUUAAGACAACUAAUAAUAAGACUAUAGAUAUUUCAUAGGUGCACAACUAUAGCGCCAAUGGAAUUAUAACAUAAUAACAAUAUUACAUUAUACUGUAAUGGUUAAAUUAUAAUUUCAACGAAUAAUAGGAAAUGAUUUAAUAGUGAGUAGGACCUCCUUUCUUCUCGAUUAAUUCAAAAAUGCGAUUUGCCAUACUCUCAACUAGUUUUUUUCAAAAUUACAUCGUUAAUUUCAUUCCAGGAUUUUAGUACAGCUUCUUUUAAUUGCGAAAUGCUCAAAAAUUGUUGGCUGUGUGCAUAAAUACGCCGUACCAUCAUACCCCAUAAAUGUUCCAUCGGAUUUUGAUCCAGGAAGGAUGCUGGCCAGUUUAAUAAAUUUAUAUUAAGUGUUUGAAACCAUCUUAGUGUUGCUCGACUUUUGUGUAUUGGGGCAUUAUCUUGUCGAUAUGUCCAAGUAAUGUGGUUCUUCGAAUGAAUAAACGGCAACAAAUUGUUCUCCAAUAUUUCAAUGUAUUCUAAACUAUUUAUUCUGGAUGAAGGAAACGCUAAUUGCAGCUUGCCACUCGAGCAAAACGCAGCCCAUACCAUUAACGUUCCCACUUCAAAAUUGCGUUUAAAGAAAUAUUUUGGGACUUUUCGUAGGUCUCUCCAGUAACAAUUGAACCCAUCUGGGCCAUCGAGAUUAAACUUUUUCAGAAAAUAUUACCUAUAUAUAUUUAUAUAAAUAUAUAUAGGUAAAUAUUUAAAUAUUAAAUAUAUAUAGGUAAUAUUUAAAUAUUACCUAAGUAUUACCUAACAAAGAACGUUAAGUAGAAGAAAAUAAUGUCCCCUCUUAUUUUGUCAAUUAACAUUAAACUUACAUGAUCCCAGUUUUUAUUCAUGUUUUCGCGGGCAUAUUCCGUUCUUGCUAUUUUGUGACGUUUAGAAAGAACGGGUGCUGAAAUUAGUUUUUGUCUGGCAAUGUUUGGAUUUCUUCUAAAGACACGUUGAAUGAUCCAACGUGACACUUCGAGUCUACAUUCCGCUGCAAUUUCCCGACAGCUUUUCAAACUAUUGCUCCCAAUUUUAAUAACCUGCCUCUCAGCACGCGGGGACAAUUUCUUUUUAGGCCCUCCUUUCUUAUUUUGGCCAUAUUUCGACGGAUUACGUACAAAAUUUGAUAUUACUUUAGGGGAUCGCUCAAGUUUACAUGCAAUUUCCCUAAUCCCUAGUUCUAACUUGUUAUAAGCUAAAAUUUCACCUUGCUCUUUCUCAGUAAAAUAUUUACGUAAAAUAUUGCGUGGCAUUGUAUUAAUUAAUAAAUAAAAUUCUGAAUUAGAUGAAAAUUUUGUGACAAACACGCUUAAAGUGUGAUGAAAAUGAAGGUGGUGCUAUAGUUUUGCACCGAUUUUAUAAUGUUUUUCGACUUUAUCUCGAUAUAUGCUUAGACUACUUCAGUAUAUUUCCUCUGAAAUUAAUUAUUUACAUCGCUUCUUCAUAUUAUCCAACUACUGUCUUUGAAUUUUUCUUUUAUAUUUAAAAAAUCUUAAAAAUAUCAGUGGUGCUAUAGUUAUGCACCGCAGUGUACCUAUGUCGGUCAAGGGAUCGCGGUUCGUUUGUGCCCCUCGAAGUAGAAAAGGGAAAGGGCGAACAACAACCGUGUGACAUGACGUGACAGGUUGAUUCGAAGGCUCGUUGGAUCCAUCCACAAAUGAAUUUAUGAAACAUUAAUACCACAGCAUAAUCAUAUUCCUUAUCAUUGUUUAAAUAAUAAGUAUUGUUAAUAAUUAAUUUAACUACUGUCAGAUAUUAAUAUUUAGUUGGUGCAAUCACGGUUCAGAAUAAGCACUUAUCGAACACAGUAAUCGUGAGAAAUUUUUCUAUAUCGUUGUAUCUGUUAGCUGAAAUAACUAAAAAUUAAUUUCUGACAAUAGUCACAUUAAUUAUUAACAAUAUUUGUUCAAGCAAUGACCGAGAAUAUGACUUUGCUAUAAUAUUACACCGCGCGGACAGCGGUAGAUGCUUUUUCUAAGAAUGUUCAAAAUCAUUACUAACCAAUAAGUGACUAGUUUGUGAUUUCAGUCACCGGCCAAUUACGUUUCUUUUGAGUAGCUUCGUGUAUAGACGACCUAAUAGUUUCCGAAAUAUUGAACCACAUAAGUUUUGUCCCGCUAGAUCGCUGAAAUAUCAUACUGUGCGUCUUCUACUUUAUUUGCUGUGGUUCUCUAUCGUCAUCGCAUUUCCCUUCCACUUUUUAAGCUGUGUAACGGGACAUAUUUAUUCUGUUACUACCCACCCAUUUCAUCGCUUCACAGCAUUUUUCACCAUAUAACGUGACAUGAAUUUCGGCUGUUCGAAAAUAAAAAAAUUUUUAAUCUUAAAAUAAAUUCCUAUUUAGGUUUAAUUUUUGUUUGCAAAGAGAUCUUUUGCAUAAAGAUCCGCAGUCUAGUUACCACCGACGAAUGCUUCAUUAGAGGUAUUGCUCUUCAAACGAAGCGAUUUAACGGUUCUCCGUGUACGUAUGCGAUCAUCGCUGAUUUUUGGGAAUUUACAUCCCCUCACCCUUGCAUUGCUCGUGUUCAUGAAAGUUCUACCUUAUGUUUAUAUUCGUACGUACACGUUCACAUCCUGCACUCGGUUAAUCAAUAAAGCAUGACACAUGGAAUAUGUGGAAAUUGUUUCCAUUUCCAUCGUGGACGUCUGACACAAUUUUUUCGCACAGGUUUUAGGGCGAUUCGAUCGAAACGCGCACAGGUGACUCUUAUCGAUUAAGAAGCGCGCGGAUGUGCGGAUGCGCUCUCAAAUAUACGAUUUCGCGCAUGACGCUUUCCGCCGUCUCUUUCCCUUCGGUCCUUGCUUGGCUUUUUCUCUGCGUUCCUGGUUUUUCGCUCGCCGUCGAAAUUCCUCGGCGAUAUCCGUCUUUAUAUCAACUGGUGGUCGGUGCCGCACGAAUCGAUCCUCGUUUCGCGGUGGGACCAUUCAUCCGAAAUAUAGUUUUCACCUCGGUGAGCUCGUUUCGUCGUACGCGACCAGAUCAUCCGAUAGUAGGACAAAGACCAAAGGACAGAGAGUGUGAUCGAGCUGUGAGGUAGUUGACCCGUACCGAGGUUUCCGCGCGCAACAAUCGUAUCCCUCGACUUUUGAGAUUGGGAUUUGCGUAAUCAGCACAGCUGCGUUUACCACUGCGAUAAUUGAGUUGCGAGGCUCAUACAUCCACACAGGUCGGUGCAACGCUUUUUUAACAAAUAUUUUCCAUCUCCUCUGCAUGGACGUUACUCCCAAUUCGAGUGACCGUGCCUUGCCCGUGAUUCUAAAGCUUUAGCUCCUGAUAUGGGGCAAUCGCUGCCAUAGAGGUGAUCUAAUCUCAUCAGCUGACUCGGGAGAUUGGGGAUAGAGCACUCGAUCUUGGUACAUUUGGACUGGUGUAUACGAAGGAAUCGACUGGAUCAAUUUCUGGAGAGUCCUGUGGUAUAUUUCGAGCCAUGACGAAGCUUUCCUAGCAUCAUCGACGCUAUUUCGAGUUGGUAUAUCGAUUCUUGCAGUUUUUAGUCGAGUAAACUAGAGUUUCGGAUACGAGGGGAUGGUGAUAUCCAACAGCCAUCGGUUUACAAAAUGGCUGACCUGCGUGAACAAGAGGAUGACCUAACAAGAGGAAGGCCUGCACGAAACAGUGGGAUUGUAAAGGAGCACGGCGCAAGAAACCACCAACGAGGAGUCUUCAACGAGAUACAUCGCUAUAAAAUAGCCUAAUAGAAUUGAACAGAUGCGAGCUGUGAUCUUCCAGCGUACACGGAAAAAAUCGCAUGUGCGCAGAUUAUGCAUGCGGCAACAACGAAUUUUCCAUAAUUUCGAGCGAAUUCGAUAGAAUCGCGAAUGCAUUCUCGAUCAUUUCGUGACCAUCGUCUCGUUCGAUUAUUUUUCAUUCGAUGUCUUCCCGCGAGACAGAUCUUACGCGACGUUCUUUUCUUCGAAUACACGGCUGAACGACUUGGUUCACGACUAGAAACAGUCGACGAGAAAAAAAAACAAGAAA